UCAUAGAGCUAUAAUUAUUCGGAGUAUAAUGGCGUUGAACAAGCAAGUUCUGCUAAAGAAUACUAGUAGAUUACCACCAAUGCCUCCGAGAGGUGUGCCAGGAGGAAGGCCCUCGGGUGGUAAGCCUCAUGGAAUUGGAAGGAAACGAGACUUCACUCCCUUGCCAUGGAGCAAUUACUUUGACAGCUGUGAAGAUGUUGUACUCAAUGACAAUGAUAGUUUUAGAGUUUACAAGAAAGGUAAUGAAGGUCCAGUGGUCUUCUUUCUUCAUGGUGGAGGACAUUCAGCUCUUUCAUGGGCUUUGCUUGCACAACAGUUGACUGGUAUGGUGAAUUGUAGAGUAGUUGCUAUGGAUAUGAGAGGUCAUGGAGAUACCCAUACAUCCCAUUGUGAGGACCUUUCUGCCGAUACUCUGGCCAGUGAUAUUGGUGCUGUAAUAGGUAAGAUGUAUCCAAACAAUGACUGCCCUCCAAUCAUCUUAGUAGGGCAUAGUAUGGGCGGAGCCAUCGCUAUUCAUACAGCUGUCAAGUUUCUUGUUCCAUCUCUACUUGGCCUUGUGGUCAUUGAUGUUGUAGAAGGUACAGCAAUGGAUGCACUUCAGUCUAUGCAAAGCUUCUUAAGAGGUAGACCAAAACAGUUCAAAUCCCUGGAAUAUGCAAUAGAAUGGGCAGUUAAAACUGGUCAAAUCAGAAAUGUAGAAUCAGCAAGAGUUUCUAUGCUUGGGCAAGUUAAACCGUGUUUACAAUCACAAAAACCCACAGAAGUCAAUACACCAGUGCCUAGCAUGUCUAUGGAUGGUGUUAUUACAGAAGAAGGAGAAUCAAAUGAGGCAGUGCCUCAGAGUUCAACACAAGCAGCUGCAUCCUCAUCAAGCCAGGCAAGCCAUACUCCAUACACAUGGAGGAUAGACCUUGGUAAAACAGAACAGUAUUGGGCAGGUUGGUUCAGAGGAAUGUCAAAUCUCUUUCUUUCUUGUAAUGUUCCAAAGAUGCUCAUAUUAGCUGGUGUCGACAGAUUGGACAAAGACUUGACCAUUGGUCAGAUGCAAGGAAAGUUUCAGAUGCAGGUUUUGCCUCAGUGUGGUCAUGCAGUACAUGAAGACCAACCACAAAAGGUUGCUGAUGCUCUUGCAACUUUUAUAACAAGAAACAAGUUUGCAGAGGCUAUUGGCGGCUUUGAACAACCUUUCCCCUGCUGUUGAUGGGUCUUCUUGAAGAUGGGUCACACUCACAAGAAUAAAUGAUGUUAUCUUGUUUUGAGCAAGAGGUGUUGUCAUACUUUGAGAAGCAUAGGAUGCUGGCGUCCAAGAUGAAGUGAAUGCAAGUUUCUGGUAUUUCCUGGACUAAACCUUGAGGGAGGACAGCAUAAAGGAGUAACAUGAUAGCAAAUAUUGCUUACUAGUUGAAAAAUGCUGGAUAAUGUGCAGUGAAUGGAGAAACCAGCUGUAUGUCUCAGGAAUUAGGGAAGGAUGGGGAUGAAGAAGAAGGCUAUCAGAUUGAAGUAAAAGUUUAUUCUACUCAAGAUUAUCUUUAAUGAUUAUUGUAUGGAAGCCACUAGAGCAUUUCA